AUGUUACUUGAAGAAGAUCCAGCAACGCUCAUCCGAGCAACCGUGCAAAACUUCGCCGUUGCGCCCGACAAGGCCGCCCUCAAACGUCUCCAGGACUCGACAGCGGUACUGAACCAGGCCAGAGAGCUGCGCCUCCGUGAAGCCGAGUCAUCCCUAAAGAAACUCUCACGGCAGCUCAAUACGGUCCAGUCUCAGUACGAGGAGCUCACAUCUCAACACUCGUCCGCCGCGCACGCUUCGGAGAUGGCGCGUCUCGAUACGCAAAAGUUCCGCACCGCCAAGGCCGCAUCAGACCUCGAGGUCGAGACGGAGAGGCUCUCUUCCCAGGCUGCGGAUCUCGCGGCGCGCUUGCAAGAAUUGGAGCUGCAGGGCGUCGAGGGUGAGCCGAGCGCGGCUGACCCGGUUGAGGACGAGGUGCUACUGAGGCUCAAGGUGUACAGGAGUCUCGGCAUAGAACUGGAGCGCGAGGGUGAGGAAUGGAGUCGUGCCGUUAUUCGAAAUGACCGCAAAGGUGACGUUCAUGUGGUCAACAUGGACAAGAAGUUUUCGAGAUUCUUCUACGCCAACUACUUUUGGAGCACUCUUUGA